GGCGCACGAAAAAUAUAUUUGUUGAGAAUAGAGUGGUAUUCGUAUAUAUGUUUUAGAAUUCGCAGGUAAAAGUGGGUGGCAAUGGAUGAAAUCAUUUUUUCGUUUCUGUGGACAAUGAUGUUAAUGAUCGUGGCGUUUGUCAAUUUUAAUUCUAUAUCUGGUUGCUCCUCUAAAAAGAAGAAAAAAGAAAAUAAGAAGGGCAAAGGUAAAGAUAAAAAAGAUACUGCAGCAAAAGAAAAUAGAGAAGGUAAUGCAGCUGCAGUUCCUGGUGGUGGCGCCGUUAAAGCACCAGCUCAGGGAGGAAUAGCUGGGACCUUUGAUCCAAACUAUCAGACUAUGGCCGGAUUAGGAAAUGAUGUUUUCGGUGCUGACAAAGGAGGUGCAGGUGGAGGAGGUGGUGCUUCCCCCGCUGUACCAGUUGCUAACGGACCAAUGGCUCCAGCUCAAGGUGGCAUCGCUGGAACCUACGACCCAAAUUAUCAAACAAUGGCUGGUCUUGGAAAUGACGUCUUUGGAGAUAAAGGUGGUGGUGGCAUCCCUCCAGGUGGUGCAGGAGGUGCAGUACCUAAAGCUCCAGAGCAAGGUGGUAUAGCUGGAACAUUUGAUCCCAACUAUCAAACGCUUGCUGGAGUGGGUAACGAUGUCUUCGACAGGAAAUAAUAUAUUUGGAGGAUACUAAAAUGUACUUUGGAUCGAUCCAACCGCAAAAAUAGUCUUUGCUCGUUAAAUGUGCUCUUCGACAUUUCACUCUUUGAAAUCAAAUGAAAAACGAAUCAUCUCAAAAUUAAUGCAAAAGAAACGCUUCAUGAUGUAAAAAUAGAUAUCGCCAUUAUAUUUUA